AUGUCUGUGCCCAACCAAGUUAGCAAAAACGUCAUUCUUUUGCCCCAAACAAACCAGCUUCGAGGUUUGUACUCCAUCAUCAGAGACCAGCUGACCAAGCGUGGUGACUUUGUCUUUUACUCAGACAGAAUCAUCCGUCUCUUGGUUGAAGAAGGUCUCAACCAGUUGCCAGUGGAAGAAGCCGUCAUUGAGUGUCACGGCGGCCACAAGUACAACGGCUCCAAGUUUUUGGGUAAGAUCUGCGGUGUCUCUAUCGUUAGAGCUGGCGAAUCCAUGGAAAUGGGUUUGAGAGACUGUUGUAGGUCUGUGAGAAUCGGUAAGAUCUUGAUUCAAAGAGACGAGGAGACCGCGUUGCCCAAGUUGUUCUAUGAGAAGCUUCCUGAGGAUAUCAGUGAAAGAUAUGUGUUCCUUUUGGAUCCUAUGUUGGCCACAGGAGGCAGUGCCAUGAUGGCCGUUGAGGUUUUGUUGUCCAGAGGAGUCAAGAUGGACCGUAUCCUCUUUUUGAACUUGUUAGCUGCCCCAGAAGGUAUCAAGGCAUUCCACGACAAGUACCCAGACGUGAGAAUCAUUACUGGUGGUAUUGACGAAAAGUUAGAUGACGACAAGUACAUCGUUCCAGGUUUGGGCGACUUCGGUGACAGAUACUAUUGCAUCUGA